AUGAGCUUCUCGCUCGUCAACUCCUCGUUCACCGAGGCCCAAUUCGGCCUGAAACUGCUCGGAGACUUGUCCGCAACCCAACUCGUUCCCUGUGUCUUCUCGCCCGUCUCCAUCCUCCUCUCGCUCGCUUUGGUCCAUCUCGGAGCCAAGGGUCACACGAAGAACGAGAUUCGCGACGGAAUUGUGAACGGAUCGACGGAUGCCGAGUUUGUCGAGCACUUCAGUUUUAUGAAUAAGCUGGUGAACAACUCGGUGAACGAUGUGGAGACGCUCAUUGCAAAUCGCCUGUUUGUCGCGUAAGUUUCGUGUGUUUCAAAGCGCGGACUUCAUUUUUGAGCAUUUUCGGUAAAAAUAACCGAACGGUUAUCGAUUGAUCAACCGAAAGGUCCCCGGGUUCAAUCCCCGGCGGGGUCAAAUCGUUUUUGCAAAGUUUCAACAAUUUCAGCCCAGAGCAAGCGAUUCGAAAAGCGUUCAUCGAUGACCUGAACGAGCACUACAACGCCGCGAGCGCCCAAAUCGACUUCAAGGACCAGCAGAACGCCGCGAAACUCAUCAAUGCGUACAUUUCGGAGAGCACCAAGGGAAAAAUCACGGAAAUGAUCAAAGCGGACACUUUGAAAGGUACGUCCAGGUGUCGUUCAUUCGGCACUGGAUAUCUCAGCUGCCAGUGGAGAUUUCAAACAGUUGUCAACUGAUAAAAUGCUCAAAAAUACAUUGUACACAUUUUAUCAGUUGACAACUUUUUGAUAUUUUCAAUGGCAGCUGCGUUAUAUAGUUUUGAAUCGACGGUAUGUGUUCAGACGUGGAUGCGAUUCUCGUCAACGCCGUCUUCUUCCAAGGAGAUUGGAGACGGCGAUUCGAGGCGCCGGCCGAAUCGAACUUUUCCAUUUCCGCCAGCGAACAUCGGUUGGUGCCGAUGAUGAGGGACUUGAGGGAGUACUUCUACAAUAAGGACGACGAGUGGCAGGUGAGGAGACGUUUCGCAACCGAGACGGAAUGCAACUUUGCUGCAACUAUCUUGGGUGUCAUUUGUCCAGUUAGAAAAUGUCCGAAGAGAUGCCAAGACAAUGUUGGAUGGCCCUAAAAGUUCCGUCUAUUCAAAACAUUGUAUUUCAGCUGUCACUAGAGAUAUCAAAAUGUUGUCAACUAAUAAAAUGCUAAGAAGGAUAUUGUGAACAUUUUAUCAGUUGACAACUUUUUGAUAUCUCCACCGGCAGGUGAGAUACAUCGUCUUGAAUAGACACCCUCCUUCUAUAACAGUGUUAGCGGUAAACAACUUCAACUUCUUCCAGGUGAUCGGAAUUCCGUUCAAAGACAAGUCCGCCUGGUUCGCAAUCCUUUUGCCGACUCGUCGAUUUGGUCUCCGCCAAUCCCUGAAGUCCCUGAACGCCGCUCAAUUCCAUAAUCUCAUCAACAACGUCUACCGCCAAUCCGUCUACUUGACGUUCCCAAAGUUCAAGCAGGAUUAUGCGAUUAAUCUGAAAGAGGCUCUGGCCAAGUUCGGUCUGUCGGAGGUGUUCACCGAGCGGGCCGAUCUUUCCGGAAUCGGACCGGGGCUUCAAUUGGCCGCCGCCAGUCAUCAGGCACUUAUCGAGGUGGGUCGGCAAAGAGGAGUGUCGAAUAUAUGGGGGUAGAAGUGUGUCUGUUCAGGUGGAUCAAGUGGGAACUCGUGCCGCCGCCGUCACCGAAGCCAAACUCUUCUUCACGUCUGCAGCGGAGGGAACUCCGUUGAAUAUUCGCGCCGAUCAUCCGUUCGUUUACGCGAUCAUCCGAGACCAAACUCCGCUCUUCAUGGGCAUCUACACUUGA